AUGCUUGUGGCCACUCGUCACAGCAGCCACAGGAAAUGCGUGCUCACAGAACCUGUGACCGUGAGGACGCUCCUGGCCAUGCAGGGCAUGCGGGGGCGGCAGCGCGAAGCAGGGGUGGGUGCCACUGCCCAAGUGAAACCUGGAAGCAGGAGAAAUGUGGAGCCGGCAGCAGGGGAACCGGCAGAGCUCUUCAAGGACAGCGCUAGUGAUGCCCAAACGGCUUGGGAAAGGCUGGCUGUUGCCAUCGGGUGGCCUUUCCAAGGGCAGCCUGACCCUGGAGGCCGCCAGACCACAGGACACGGAGGAGAGGCUGAGCAGGAACAGGAAGUCCCGGAAGAAGAGAUGCAGCGGGCACUGAUGGCUGCCAAGACGCCAAGCACGGGCCCCGCGGGCACUGACGGCUGCCGAGACGCCAAGCACGGCCCCGCGGGCACUGACGGCUGCAGAGGCGCCAAGCACGGCCCCGCGGGCACUGACGUGCACGAGGAGGCUGAGAAGGCGCGCGUCCCAGCCAAUCCCACACCGCAGUCUCAGAACACCGCUGCACUGCUGGGGCCACGGCGCAGGCGGCACGGCGCGGUGAGGUGGGGAGCCACUGCAGGACCCUGUAACCAGCAUGAGCUCGCCGGAGUCCAGCAGCUGUCUGCAAACCUGUGGGCUUUGAAGAAGUUUGACCAGGCAUCGUUUGCAAAAGCUUUGGCUGUGCUAGGAGUUUUGAGUAAUGUGGCGCAACGACACGUCAGAGGGAGUGCCCCGCUGUAUUUAUCCGUCAGAAAAGGUCCCCGCAGGCUGUUUACCCUCAUUACACUCUGUCACGCCGUGCGGACGCGGCACCGAGAUUCUCCCUCAGGUGUGUGGUGUUUCAGUGAACUGUUUUUUAUAAGAGAACCGCAGGAUGUAACUGUCACAAGAAAGGACCCGGUCUUCUUAGACUGCCAGGCUCAUGGCGAAGUUCCCAUUAAGGUCACAUGGUUGAAAAAUGGAGCAAAAGUGUCUGAAAAUAAACGGAUCCAGGUUCUUUCUAACGGCUCUUUAUACAUCAGCGAGGUGGAAGGCAGGCGGGCCCAGUCUGAUGAAGGAUUUUAUCAGUGCUUGGCAGUGAACAGAUAUGGAGCCAUCCUGAGUCAGAAAGCACAUCUCACCUUAUCCGCUAUUUCUGCAUUUGAAAUUCAGCCAAUUUCCACGGAGGUCCAGGAAGGGGGAGUUGCGAGGUUUGCAUGCAAGAUUUCAUCAAAUCCUCCUGCGGUGGUAACAUGGGAGUUUAACCGGACAACUCUACCUCUGAUGACGGACAGGAUGGCUGCGCUGCCCACAGGAGUGCUGCAGAUCUACGACGUGGGCCCGGGGGACAUGGGCAGCUACCGCUGCGUGGCCACCACCAUGGCCCACAGGCGCAGGAGUGCCGAGGCCACACUCACCGUCACCCCAGCCGCACAGUCCAAGCCCUUCCACACCCCAACCAUCAUAGCAGGGCCGCAGAACGUCACAGCCUCGCUCCACCAGACCGUUGUCCUGGAGUGCAUGGCCACCGGAAACCCCAAGCCGAUCAUUUCUUGGAGCCGUCUUGAUCACAAGUCCAUCGAUGUCUUCAAUACCCGGGUGAUUGGAAGCGGCAACCUCCUGGUCUCGGACGUCCGGCUGCCCCAUGCUGGGGUGUACGUGUGUAGGGCCACCACCCCGGGCACACGCAACUUCACAGUUGCCCUGGCGACCUUGACUGUCCUAGCUCCUCCUUCAUUUAUUGAGUGGCCAGAAAGUUUAACAAGGCCCCGUGCUGGCACUGCUCGGUUUAUGUGUCAGGCUGAGGGGAUCCCUGCACCCAAGAUGUCGUGGCUGAAAAACGGACGGAAGAUGCACUCGAACGGCAGAAUUAAGAUGUACAGCAGUAAACUGGUUAUUAAUCAGAUUAUUCCCGAGGACGAUGCCAUUUACCAGUGCAUGGCUGAGAACACCCAGGGCUCUGUGCUGUCUCGAGCCCGGCUGACGGUGGUCAUGUCAGAGGACAGGCCCAGCGCUCCCUGCAACGUGCAUGCGGAGACUGUGUCCAGCUCGGCCAUUCUGCUAGCGUGGGAGAGGCCCCUGUACAACUCGGACAAAGUCAUCGCCUACUCUGUGCACUACAUGAAAGCAGAAGGUUUGAAUAAUGAGGAGUACCAGGUAGUCCUUGGGAAUGACACGACUCAUUACGUUAUCGACGACCUGGAGCCAGCCAGCAACUACACAUUCUACAUUGUGGCCUACAUGCCGCUGGGGGCCAGCCAGAUGUCGGACCAUGUGACACAGAGCACCCUGGAGGAUGUUCCCCUGAGGCCCCCGGAGAUCAGCCUGACAAGCCAGAGCCCCACUGACAUCCUCAUCUCCUGGCUGCCCAUCCCAGCCAAGUACCGCCGGGGCCGAGUGGUGCUGUACCGCCUGUCCUUCCGCCUGAGCACUGACAGCACUGUGCAGGUCCUGGAGCUCCCGGGCACCUCACACGAGCACCUACUGCAGGGCCUGCGGCCAGACAGCGUCUACCUGGUGCGGAUCACAGCAGCCACGCGGGUGGGGCUGGGGGAGUCCUCGGUGUGGACCUCACACAAGACGCCCAAGGCCACCAGCACGAAAGCCCCCAGGUCUCCGGAGCUGCACCUGGAGCCUCUGAACUGCACCACCCUCUCCGUGCGGUGGCAGCGCGAUGCUGAGGACCCUGCGGCCAUCCAGGGCUACAAGCUGUUCUACAAGGAGGAGGGGCAGCAGGAGCAUGGGCCCAUCGUGCUGGCCCCCAGUGAGCUCCUGCACACGCUCAGCGGCCUGGACCCCAGAAGAAAGUACCACGUGAGGCUGCUGGCUUACAGUAACGUCGAAGACGGCUAUCAGGCUGACCAGACCGUCAGCACGCCGGGAUGUGUGUCUGUGCGUGACCGCGUGGUCCCUCCCCCGCCACCGCCCCGCCACCUCUACGCCAAGGCCAACAGCUCCUCUUCUGUCUUCCUGCACUGGCGGAGACCCGCGUUCACCGCUGCGCAGACCAUCAACUACACCAUCCGCUGCAACCCCGUGGGGCUGCAGAACGCCUCCCUGGUCCUGUACCUGCAGACAUCAGAAACACACAUGCUGGUCCAAGGCCUGGAGCCGAACACCAGGUACGAGUUUGCGGUCCGGCUGCACGCGGGCCAGCUCUCCAGCCCCUGGAGCCCCGUCGUCCACCACACCACGCUUCCGGAGGCGCCAGCAGGCCCCCCAGUUGGAGUGAAAGUCACGCUGAUAGAGGACGACACUGCCCUGGUUUCGUGGAAGCCGCCCGAUGGCCCUGAAACAGUCGUCACACGCUACACGAUCCUGUACGCGUCCAGGAAGGCCUGGGUGGCGGGAGAGUGGCAGGUCCUUCACCGAGGAGGGGCCAUCACCAUGGCUUUGCUAGAAAACCUGGUGGCAGGAGAUGUGUACAUUGUCAAGAUCUCUGCAUCCAAUGAGGUAGGAGAAGGACCCUUUUCCAACUCUGUGGAGCUGGCAGUGCUUCCAAAGGACCCUUCUGCAUCCAAUCAGAGGCCCAAGCGUUUAGAUUCUGCGGAUGCCAAAGUCUCCUCAGGAUAUUACCACCUGGACCAGAAGUCGAUGACGGGCAUCGCAGUGGGUGUGGGCAUCGCCUUAACCUGCAUCCUGGUGUGCGUUCUCAUCCUGAUUUGCCGGAGCAAGGCCAGGAAGUCAUCUGCCUCCAAGGCGGCCCAGAGUGGAGCUCAGCAGCUGCCUCACGCUGGCGCCGCCGCGGCUGCCGGAGCGCAGGUGGGGAAGAGGCUCGGUAGAGCCGCGGAGGACCCGGAGCCCUCGGUGCCGGCACCCGCGCCGCUCAGCUUCCUCGAUGCCAAGGGAGGAACGGACCUGAUAAUUAACAGCUACGGCCCCAUAAUUAAAAACAACUCUAGGAAAAAG